AUGGCUCAAGAUGACAGCACCGGGAGGGACAAAUGUUUUAGGUUGGAAAAUAAUUUAGAGGGUGGCAGGCAGAACAAGAUUUCAGACAAAGCACGUCAUGCAUCUUAUGUUGCUAGCAAUUAUGAUGGAAUCAAAAAAUUUAAAGCUUUCGAUGAUGCCAAAUGCUUACGAACAUUCUUAGAAUUUUUGCCACGACAAGAAUUUCACCACACAACGAGGUACUUGAUACAUGAUUUGUUGCCAAAGUUAAAAUGUUUACGUGAGGUGCGUUUGUGUGGUAUUGGUAUAAUUGAACUACCAAAUUCCAUUGGAGAUCUAAAGCAUUUGCGGUAUCUUGAUGUAUCCGGUUCUGGGAUUAGAAGGUUACCUGACACAGUAGUAACUCUCUACAAUUUACAAGUCUUGUUUUUGACAUUUUGUCGUCAACUUCAAAAGUUGCCUCUAAACAUGGGGAGGUUGGUAAACUUACGCCAUUUUGACAUGACUGGCGUGCACAUUCCACCAUCAGAAGAGAUGUCGCUACAUAUAGGUAAAUUAAUUAAUCUCCAAACAUUGUCAAAUUUUAUGGUGGGUAAAGAUUGUGGGCGUAAAAUAGCAGAGUUGAAAAACCUAUCACACCUUCGAGGGGCAAUACACAUAUCAAGACUAGAGAAUGUCAGUGGUGUUAAGGAUGCAAGGGAUGCCAAUUUAAUGUCUAAGGAGGAGUUAAAAGAGUUAUCACUAGAAUGGAAUGAAUCUCAUAGUUCACAGAAUGACAUAGUUGAGAGGAAUGUGCUUGACUUGAUGAGACCUUUCAAAUUGUUAGAGCGACUCACCAUCAGUGGGUAUCGCAGUACAAAAUUUCCAAGCUGGGUUGGAGAUGUUUCGUUCUCCAAAAUGGUGUUCAUGCGAUUGAAAGGUAGCAAACGUUGCACAUCUUUGCCACCACUUGGACAGCUACCCUUGCUUAAAGACCUUUACAUUGAAGGAAUGAGUGCAAUAAAGCACCUGGGUUGUGAGUUCUAUGGGCAGCAGUGUGGUGCCAAACCUUUCCGCUCUCUAGAGAGACUAAGCUUCGAGUUUAUGCCAGAAUGGGAGGAUUGGUCUGCUUUUGAAACAGAGGGAGUUCAGCCAUUCGGUCAUCUCAGUGAGCUUUCCAUCAUAAAUUGUCCCAAACUUGUUGGAAGAUUACCAAAUGAUCUUCCUUGUCUGAAUUCUCUCAAAAUUGAUGGUUGUCUGCAGUUGUUGAUUGAUGUUUCGAUCCUCAUUCACCCAUCACUUGCGUCCUUGUCAAUGAAAAAUGUCAUGCUCCCAAGCCUUCCAGCACUCUUAGGGACGAAGAACACGAUUGAACUUGGUUCCCUCACCUUGGAUAUUAGACAUGUUACAGUUCGCGACCCCCUCUGCGAUCGAAGCACAACUGAUGAAGAGUUACUAGCUAAUGAAAUGUCUAAGCAUUUGCCUUCAAUAACUACUUUGAGCAUUUCUCAUGUUGAAAAACUGGCGUUACUACCGGCAUGGUUUACUCAAGAUUUGACGAGACUCGAGAACUUGGACAUUCAUAACUGCCAAGAGCUCAUAACAUUGUGGCAGAAUAAAAUGAGAAUACAAGUAUGUCUCCCUUCCCUCUGCCAUUUGAAGAUUUCUCAUUGCCCCAAACUGGUUUGCUUGUUUGAAGAAGAGCAAGAAAAAGGAAGAGAAGGUUCGAAAAAGCAGCAACAUGAGGGCCUGCCUUGCAUGACGAGACUCAAGAAAUUGGACAUUGUUUACUGCCAAGAACUUAUGACAUUAUGGCAGAAUAAGGUGAGAAUACAAGUAUGUCUCCCUUCCCUCUGCCAUUUGAAGAUUUCUCAUUGCCCCAAACUGAUUUGCUUGUUUGAAGAAGAUCAAGAAAAAGGAGGAGAAGGUCCGAAAAAGCAGCAACAUGAGGGGCUGCCUUGCAUGACGAGACUCGAGUAUUUAACAAUUGAAUAUUGUGGAAUGCUGAAGAAACUGCCACAAGAUAUGCACACAUACACAUCUCUUGGGGUGCUUAGAAUCAAGGGUUGUGCAAGUCUGACCUCUUUUCCAAUGAAAGGUUUGCCAUCUAUGCUGAGAAAACUUAGUGUUUCACGGUGUGGUGCUUUGCAGUCCCUACCCGAGUUGAUGACACUUAAUAAUCUGCAAGAGUUGCUGGUUUCUGAAUGUGCAUCACUCAGAUAUUUAUUGUCAAGAGAUGGGCUACCAUCCACACUAAAACAACUUAAUAUUUGCUGGUGUGACAAUCUGGAGUCACUUUUUGCAGAGGAAGGGAUCAAAAUUGAUUGUCCAUCUCUUGAAACUAUUUGUGUCCAAUUUUGUGGUAGUCUCAAAUCUUUACCUGAAGCCAAUAAUCUCAGGAAUCUCAGUGCAUUGCAGAUAUACGAUUGUUCUAAUCUGGAGGCCCUGUCACUUGGUGGUCGUGAUGAGAAUAACAACAUCAACCAACUCACUUCGCUUCAAAAGCUGUUGCUACUUCAUUGCAGAGUGGAAUGGUCUCCUACUUUGUCAAGGAAGGGAGUUUCCCCACCAACAUCACUUCACUUGAUAUCGGGAAUCUCAGAGUGGACGACGUCGGUCAACUUCCAUCUCCAUUAGAGUGGGGUUUGCACAAACUCUCCUCUCUUACAACACUCCAUCUUCGAGGCCCAGAUUGGCCGUGGGAAGAUACGGUGUCCUUUCCAGAAGAAGGGAUGUUCUUGCCCACCUCUCUUAUCAAUUUGACCAUCGAAGACUUCCCAAAUCUGGAAAGACUCUCUUAUGAGGAGUUUCAAAACCUCGCCUCUCUCCAAACACUUGAUAUCUGUGGUUGCCCUAGGCUCGCGUCCUUUCCAAAGGAAGGGUUGCCUCCCUCUCUUUUGCAUCUACGUAUCUAUGACUGCCCUAAGCUUGCGACCUUUCCAGAACAAGGAUUCCCUCCCUCGCUUUUGACACUGGAGAUCUGGGGAUGUAAUCCAAUACUGAAACAGAAGUGUGAAAAGGGGAAAGAAUAUUGGCCCAUCAUCCAACACAUUCCUCAUGUAGCAGCCAACUGCAAGGUACAAACAAACCAAACCCCACCAAGUCUUUAACUCCGAUCAAACGGGUCAGCCUUUAAGUCCCUGCAAGGUGUCGAUGGAAAAAUUGCCCUAUUCAUUAUUACCGCCACUAGCAAUCUUUACACAUUUCUACAAGAUAUUAGGGUCUUGCUCUGAAUGAAUAGCUAGCAGAUUGAAGAAUCUUAUUAUCCUUAAAAGACAACAAUGCUUCUCUCCCAAACCGUAUCAAUGACAAUCUCUAAAGAUGUUGAGCUCAUCCAUCAUCCAAAAUCGUAGCCACUAUGUUCACGGUCUUCCAUGCUCACCUAUGGAUGACAAUCAAAAUCUACUUUGUAGCUUCUGAUGGUUCACUUCUACUUUAGGAACACAUUACUUCUCUAAUUCAUCCUUGUCACCAACUUAACAAAAUUUUUUUUUUUUUUUUUCAGGUGCUUCAUUCACAAUCCGAGCUAGACGGUGCCUUUUCUCUUGAUCUUUCAUUUUUCCUUUAAUGCUGCUUCGAUUCCACGACUUUGUUGUCGUUGUUGAAACAAACUUUAGGAUGUAUGCAUGCUCAUCAUCUAAACUGCAUUGCGAGUUUUUGCACCUGUUCUCAAGCUUUUGAGGAUGCUUGAGACUGCACAAGAAUAUGGAGGUUUGUUAUGGGAAGACUCAAAAAAAAUGGUAGUGCAGGCUGAAAUAUCCAUGCACAUCUGAGAAUUCCCUUGUCAUCAAAGGCAAUAGAUUCUGUGUGCAAUCUGCAAGAAAGGAUUUGAAUGUCUGGUCUGUGAUGAUUUGGAAAGUCAGAUGGAUUCCAUGUUGAUGCUAAAGUUUACUCUCUUGUUGACGAAAGCACUGGUGUCUGGAAUGGAAUGAAGCUCUCAUUAGAUAAUGUUUUUUUGGUAUUUUGAAGCUGAGUUGAUAUGUAAAAUCCCUUUUUGCCCAAGGCUUGCUGAUGACAUAGUGGUUUGGCACUUUACUAAAAAUGGCCUUCUUUUUUCUGUUAAUCUGCAUGUCAUUUGGAGAUGGAUUUGCAAAGAAGAGAAAAACAGGUCAGUUCUUCAGAUGGUGUGAGGUUUGAAAGUGCAUUUUGGAAGAAGAUUCGGCUGCUGAAAAUUCUGAAUAAAGUAUAAUCUUCAUAUGGAAAAUCUGUUCGAAUAUCCUUAUCCUUCAUGUUCAGUGAAACUUGAGUAGCUUCAAAGUAAUUCAAUUUGAUGACUGCUAACUUGUUCAUUAGCGGAAAAUUAGUACCAUUUUGGUUGGUUUGGGCCAGCUUACAAUGUGAUUGACAAUGUUAGCAUUGUAGUCCUUCACAUUCUUCAUUUGUAGGUGUGGUUAGGUGGCUGAUUUUUUAGAACUUAACUUCUUUUUUUUUGCCACAUUGCCUAAUUGAGUUUUCACAUGUUAUUCA